AUGUGUUUGCGGCAGGUGCUGUUCACAGCGUGCGGCGACCCGCGCGGGUGUGCGUCGUGCGUCGAGCCGGUGGCGCGCCUGCCGCUGCCACGCACGUGCCGCUACCACGCAGCGCCGCCGCCCUACGCCGUGUUCACGCUCAAGAAAGACGAAUCAGACAGCAAUUCCGAAUCUAAUUCAAGUUCCGAUGUCUCCCAGUCUGAAGAUGAUCAGUACUUGGAAGACAAGACAGAGGUUGCAGUUGACAACUUGUCGGUGGACCCGCUACAGUAUGAAUGA